CUCAUUCCAUACCUCUUUCUUCCCAAUGGCGGAUCACAAUAUCUUGAGUAUCCAAACUCCCCAACUGAUAGACUCGCAUUCACCUUCCAUAAGUAACCCGAUGAAAGGCGUGGUACCUCAUGUCGACCAUUAUAGCUCUUGAGCGGUGCAGCACAUAUUUGCUUCACUCGUCAAUGAUGUCGCUCAAGCAGAAGGCCAACGCUCUCAGACGGGAUGUUGAUAGCUUUCUUGCAGCAGGAGGUGACAUUGCCAUCCCAAUUCUCACAGCCAUCAAUGCUGCAUCCGAUGCAUUCCCUCCCCUAAAAGGUCCCACUAGCGCCGCCCUCUUCAUCUUCAGCGAGGUCCAAAAGUUUAAGGCGGAUAGAAAAGAAUGGAAGGGAUUUGGGAAAUAUGUGGUUGAUGUUGUAGCAAAAGUACUAGUGGCCAUCGAGUCCUAUGACACUUCAACGGAAGAGGCGAAACCUUGGCUAGAGGAUGUCAAUGAGCUGAACGACGCACUAAAACAGAUCGCCACUGAAAUCGUACCAAUCCUCGCAAAAAUGGAGAAGCGGCAUGCUGUUAUCAACUACUUCUCACAGUUGAAGCAUCCGGGAAGGAUUGAUGACUUCAAGAAAGUUCUUGACAAAGCGUUGACAUCAUUUCAGCUGAGAACUAACCUGACGACUGGUGCCAAACUAACAGACAUAGCAAAUAAACAAAGCCGUUCAGAGAGCGCCUCAGUUUUGAGUGAACUGCGAUAUCCGACCAUCGCCCAUCAUGACCCAGCUGAGGCGUGCAUGGAGGGCACCCGAACACGUCUUAUCGACCAUAUCAUGAGCUGGUGUCGCAACAUGGAGGACGGUGUGAAGCGGGUGAUACUACUGACAGCCGUGGCUGGUGCUGGCAAGACAUCCGUUGCCCAUUCAAUCGCAGCGAAGUGUGAGAGCGAAGGGUUACUGCUAUUGAGCUUCUUCUUCAAAGCAGGCGAGCAGUCGCGGCCAGAUCACCUAUUCAGCGGCAUGGCUCGAUCUCUAGCAAAGCGCGAUCCCUCAUACUGUGCCAACAUCAUGUCCAUUCUUAGGGAUGAUCCAACCCUCGCGACCGCAUCUUUCCCAGUACAAUUCGAGAAGCUUGUGGCUGGUCCUCUCCAUUGGAGGGCUUUCAGUGAUCCUGUGGUUGUAAUCGUGGAUGCUUUGGACGAGUGUGAGCCGCGAGACUUGGAACGCCUUGCCGAUAUACUUCGGAAAGAAGUGCCAGAAUUACCAUGCAACAUCAAGUUCUUUGUUACGUCGAGACAAACUUACCUCGUGGAUCGUCUUCUUUCACUCAAUUUCCCCAUUGACCGACUUGGCAUAGAUAUCUUGGAUCAUGCCAAUAAACAAGACUGUUCUGUCUACAUCCGCACGCAGUUACACUGUCUGAAGGAUGAUCAUUUGAAAAAGGCCGGUGGCUUGUUCAUCUGGAUCAGCACUGUCUUCCGCUAUGUGAGGCUAGCCAAGAACCCGAGGAAAACGCUGGAUAGGCUGCUCAACACAGGUGCCUCUCGAUCAAUGGGUCCUCCUGAAGGAGUGAUGGGUACACUGUAUAUGGCUAUUCUGGACAAAUGUGGCUGGGAAGAUGAGGAUUUCAUGCAUGACUACCCCAUUGUUGUGGGGGCGAUCUUGAUCGCCAAACAACCGCUAUCUAUUGCGGCAUGGGAUGCAAUUUUGUCACCCUUCUUAAACUCUCCCAUCCAUGAGACGUUGGUUGAACUUGCUCCCCUCUUGUUAGGAGUCUCCCAUUCCAGCACACCAAUCCGCAUCAUUCAUCAGUCGUUCCGUGACUUUCUCAUGGGUGAAAUCGGUCCCGAACCAGAUCGUUACGCGGUGGAUACGAUAGGGGCGAAUGCCAAGAUGGCCCUGCGCUGCACCGAGAUCUUGAAUAAGGACCUCUGCUGUGUGAAUGGUUUGGGGCUGAUUAAAUGUUUGGGCCAAAAGGAUGAACUGCCACGCAUCCCUCAAGAGAUUCUGUCGGAACAACUCCGUUACUCAUGUCGGUAUAUCAUGUAUCACCUCAGGGAGGUUCAGGAACCACUUGAAGAGCUCAUUGGACCGGUUCGCACCUUUCUGAAUCAGCAUAUAACAUGCUGGCUGGAGGUCUGUGUGAGAACGGCAGGGUACAUCAGUGUAUCAUCAUUUCUUGAGUGGGUUAAGUUGAAUGUUAAUCAGAGUCCAAAGAAAGACAUUCACAAGUUGGUCCAAUUACUUGGUAAGGUGGCAUGGAAUCUAGCAUUCUUUUCAAGAUUUCAGGAGGCAUACGAGCUGGCAAAAGAUUCCGUAACCCUCUGCCGUUAUCUUGUGUUGGCGGAUUCAGAGUCCUACACCCCAUAUUUGGCUCGAUCGCUCCACAAUCUUGAUGGAUCGCUCACUCACCUGGGACGUCAUUCUGAGGCACUUGUGGUGAAUGAAGAAAGUGUGAUGCUCUGGCGUGAGCUCGUUGCUGUUCACCCGACAUCAUGCACCCCAGAUUUGGCUCGGUCACUCCACAGUCUUUACAUAUCAUUGGGAAAUCUGGGACGUUAUUCCGAGGCACUCCCAGUGAUUGAAGAAAGUGUGAAGCUCUGGCGUGAGCUCGUUGCUGUUCAUCUCACGUUAUACAUCCCAAAUUUGGCUCGAUCGCUCAACGGUCUUUAUGCAUCAUUGGACAAUAUGGGACGUUAUUCCGAGGCGCUCCCGGUGAUCGAGGAAAGUGUGAAGUUGCAGCGCAAGCUUGUCGCUAUUCAUCCGACGUUAUACACCCCAGAUUUGGCUCAAUCACUCCACAAUCUUUAUGUAGCAUUGGAAAAACUGGGACGUCAUUCGGAGGCGCUCCCAGUGAUCAAAGAAAGUGUUAAGCUCUGGCGUGAGCUCAUUGCUGUUCAUCCCACGUCAUACACCCCAAAUAUCGCUCAAUCGCUCAACAGCCUCAAGAUAUCGUUGGACAAUCUGGGACGUUAUUCCGAGGCGCUCCCAGUGAUCGAAGAAGCUGUGAAGCUCCAGCGUGAGCUUGCUGCUGUUCAUCCCACAUCAUACAACUCAUAUUUGGCUGAAUCACUCCACAAUCUCGCACUCUCGUUUGAUUACCUCGAUUGCCCCACCGAAGCAGUGCCUUUCAUCAAAGAAUCCAUUUUUAUUUGGCGUUCACUACACAUUACUCAUCCGACCUCAUGUGCUGCUGGUUUAGCCUGGGCAUUGCGGGAUCUAUCCAGGAUAUUUUCACGCCUGGGGCGCUCUGCAGAAGCGUUUGAUAUGGGUGAAGAGGCAAGAUUAUACUCUCGUCAGCUUUGUUCUAAGUACCCUGACAUCUAUGCAAAUUAUCUUCGACGGUUAUAUGCCGGUAUGGCUGUUCCGUUGGAACGUCUUGGGAGGGGUCAUGAGUUAGCGGAUAUACGCACUCUCAUGCAAAAUUUAUGACGAAGGGCAGAACAUACCCUCUACGCGGUGAAGUCUAGCUGCACCACAGCUAACGCGACAUAUUCUUUCACUAGCCACAUAUUCAAGCACGAACCCGUGGUCACUCUCACUCUCCUCUUCGCGAUGUUCUCUACCCACCAGAGGACUAGCGAUUUACCUCCGUCCGAUAUAUUAGCCAGGUGGGUGUGUUCCAACUCUAUCGGGACGAUGGACAUGCAGGAAGAGUGGGCAUGGACAUGAUGGCUCAGGUCGCUGAAACAGAUUUGAUGCAUCGACCGUAAUGGAGUAUAUAUCUGGUGCAGUGAUGCAUACAAGUCUGCCUAACGAUAAUCCAAAUUAAUCACUUUCGAAAACUUUGCUAAGCUGUGG